UUGAAGGGGGGGGGUACGACAGAGCGGCUUGUCCUCGAUGGGGUGAUGAAGCGAGUACGCUGUGUUGUCGGCCGAGCUACGACCUGCUGGAAAGCACACCGUGAAGGCGACCCGGAUGCCCUGUUUGUUGUCAAGGAUUCGUGGCAAUACCUGGAGCGUAAUGACAAGGGCGGGUUGCUCCGUGAAGCGACGAGCAAGGGUAUAGUCCAGGUGGCCCGGUAUUAUUACUACGAAACCGUCCAGGUACGGAAUAUAGAAGACGAUAUCUAA